AUGGGUCUCCGCCAAAGUUCUCCGCGCUGGAAUCAUUGGACAGAUUGCAACUUUCCUGGCACUGGGAUAUGUUGGCCUGAUCCUAAUUAUUUUCGAAGGUGGCCUUGGCGCCCGCCUCGAUCUUUUAAAGGAGAAUUUGGUGGUGAGCACUAUUGGCGCUGCCACGGGGGCGCGGUCGAGACGUUCAUCAUCGGAGCGGCACUUUCCGCUACCUCUUUGGGUACCACAUUCGCCGUAAUCUCGUCAGCCUCGAAAACGGUAGAUCUCGCUCAAACCCGCGUGGGCUCAGUCCUCGUGAGCGCAGCCGUCAUUGACGAUGUAGUUGGGCUUGUGCUUUCCAGCAUCAUCUCCGACCUAGGAAAACUCUCCAACAGCGACGCCAACCUCGGCUGGAUAAUAGGUCGUCCCAUCGUAGCCUCCGUCGCAAUGGCCAUUGUCACGCCCAUCGUAACAAAAUUUCUCUUCGCCCCGAUAUUCCGCAAAUACAUCGAGUUCCACUUUGCCCGCUACGACCAUAUCUCCAACAUCAUUUUGAUGACACUUGUUCUAUGCGCAUUUAUCUCUAUCGCUGCUUACACGGGCACAUCGGUCCUCUUUGGUGCAUUCCUCGCUGGGACAUUUCUAUCCUACUUACCGAGCAAGCGUCCGGACGGCCCAUUCGUGGUUAUGAGUCGUGAAGAAGGGGAGCAAAAUGAGGAUAAAAGUCCCACUUUUGUUCAUACCUUCGAGGCCUAUCUACUCGGUGUGCAGACGUAUCUGAUGGAACCUCUUUUCUUUGCUAGUAUUGGAUUCGCUAUCCCGUUUGUGCAGCUGUGGACGGGGAAGCGUAUCUGGAGGGGUAUAUUGUUCACGCUUUUGAUGGUUGUCGCGAAGUUUGUCGUGGGAACAUGGAUCCCAGUAUGGAAACACCUGCCAUGGACCAAAUCCAAAGCCGACAAAACAUCUAAGGAGUCCUCCUCCGCGCCGGACGUACCAAUUGAAACCCCCAAGGAUAAUGCGUCAAUGUUAUCAGCCCUAUUACUUGGUUCUGCGAUGGUUGCGCGUGGGGAAAUUGGUCUUUUGAUUAUUGAGAUUGGUUACAACUCCACGGAGUACGUGAGCGAGGAAGGCUUUAUUACCGGUGUUUGGGCGAUCUUGUUGAACACAAUUAUCGGUCCGGUUACGGUGGGUCUGUUGGUGAAGUUUUAUGGGAAACGAAUCGAGGAGGGUGAAUGGGGAUUGCAGAAGGACUCGAGUCCAUCGCAGGAGAAGGGGAAUGCGCAGAGUGCUGUAUGA